AUGGUGCGCGUGUCGGACGCCCGCAUGAGCGGCACCGCGUACGGCACGGUCGUCCUGCACUGCGCGCCCGAGGCGGCGGUAGGCGGUCCGCUGGCGCUGGUGCGCGACGGCGACCCGAUCCGGCUCUCGGUGUCGCGCGGCACGAUCGAUCUGCAGGUGGCGCCGGCCGAGCUCGAGCGGCGCCGCCGGGAGUGGCGGCCGUGGCCGCUGCCGGAGCGCGGCUGGGCGCGCCAUCGCCACGUCUGCUGUCGCCGACCGGGAGCGCCGUGCCUCGACCUGAUGGUGGCGGAGCGGGACGCGGCCGGCGAACGCGGAUAG